CUCCAUAAAGUGGGAGAACUUGCAAAAUCACAGGGUGUUAAAAUACUUCUGUUCCUCACUUUAUACAGGAAACCUGCACAUAUUUGGGUCAGAUAACUCCUGCUGUCCGGUCAUUAUUGGUCCUCUUUUCAGGUUAUAUAAAACCUUCUACACGACUUCUCCAACCGUCUGAUGACUUCUACAAUAUUUGUUUCACAGCUUGUGAAUCCGGGUGAAGAUCUGAACAUGAUAUAUGUUACAGAGACAUAUGUGAGGGGUGAUGAGCAGAGUACAGAGGACAUUCCUACAGAUAACCGCCUAGAUGACUGUACCAGGAACUUAGAGAAACAUCUGGUAUCUUCAGAUUUUGAAGUAGAUGAUUUUGGUAUCACACGAGAUACAUUUGAAGAGCAUGCCAAUAUACAAGAUAUACCCUCAUCCAAUCACAGCAACAAUGCAUCAUUUGAUUCUUUUAAACAGGUCCGAUCUUCUGAUUCAUCACAGACUGUAACACAGAAUAAAAGUCACAGAAGAGGUGCUAAACAUCAAACAGCUCAUGUAAAAGAGAAGCCAUUUUCAUGUUUAGAAUGUGGUAACUGUUUUAGAUUUAAAUCAGAAUUAGUGAGACAUCAGAGAAUUCACACAGGGGAGAAGCCAUUUUCAUGUUCAGAAUGUAGUAAAUGUUUUAAUCAGAUAUCCGAACUUGUUAGACAUCAGAGAGUUCACACAGGAGAGAGGCCAUUUUCAUGUUCAGAAUGUGGGAAAUGUUUUAAGAAUAAAUCAGCUCUUGUUAUACAUCAGAGAAUUCACACGGGGGAGAAGCCAUUUUCAUGUUCAGAAUGUGAGAAAUGUUUUAACCGUAAAUCAUAUCUUGUUAUACAUCAGAGAACUCACACAGGAGAGAAGCCAUUUUCAUGUUCAGAAUGUGGGAAAUGUUUUAAGCACACAUCAUCAUUUUUUGAACAUCAGAGAAAUCACACAGGGGAGAAGCCAUUUUCAUGUUCAGAAUGUGGGAAAUGUUUUAAGGAAAAAUCAGUUCUUGUUAUGCAUCAGAAAAUUCACACAGGGGAGAAGCCAUUUUCAUGUUCAGAAUGUGAGAAAUGUUUUAAUUAUAAAUCAUCUCUAUUUAAACAUCAGAGAAUUCACACAGGGGAGAAGCCAUUUUCAUGUUCAGAAUGUAUUAAAUGUUUCAAUCAGAAAUCGGAACUUGUUAGACAUCAGAGAGUUCACACAGGAGAGAGGCCAUUUUCAUGUUCAGAAUGUGGGAAAUGUUUUAAAAAUAAAUCUGCUCUUGUUAUACAUCAGAAAAUUCACACAGGAGAGAACCCAUUUUCAUGCUCAGAAUGUGGGAAAUGUUUUAAAAAUAAAUCAUAUCUUGUUAUACAUCAGAGAAAUCACACAGGAGAGAGGCCAUUUUCAUGUUCAGAAUGUGGAAAAUGUUUUAACCUUAAAUCAAGUCUUAAUUCACAUCAGAAAAUUCACACAGGGGAGAAGCCAUUUUCAUGUUCAGAAUGUGGGAAAUGUUUUAACCUUAAAUCAAAUCUUAAUGCACAUCAGAAAAUUCACACAGGGGAGAAGCCAUUUCAAUGUUCAGAAUGUGGGAAAUGUUUCAACCGUAAAUCAUCUUUUGUUAAACAUAAAAAAACUCACAUAUAAAGGAAGCCAUCUUCAUGCUUAGCUUGUUAGUGACCUCCCUCCGUCAGAUACUCCUUUUUACAGGGAGAUAAAACAGCGCCUUGCUUUUAGUGACCAGAGGUAGCUGAGGGCUUGGAGCGAUGAUUGGGACCGUCCAUAAAAUAGAGCUGGAGUCCCACAAGAGCUGGUUUCCAGACAUGUGGAAAAAGGGGCGUCAUUCACACUUGGCCAGUUAUUUUCAGUCAAGUGGAAUGACAGAUAGGAUGUAACAUAGUAACAUAGUUUAUAAGGGUGAAAAAAGACAUCUGUCCAUCCAGUUCAGCCUAUUAUCCUGCAAGUUGAUCCAGAGGAAGGCAAAAAAAAACUGUGAGGUAGAAGCCAAUUUUCCCUACUUUGUUCCCGACUCCAAUCAGGCAAUCAGAAUAACUCCCUGGAUUAACGAUUCCUCUCUAGUAGCCAUAGUCUUCUUCACAGGAGUCCAGAACUGUACACAGUACUCCAUGUGUGGUCUGACUAGUGGCUUGUAAAGUGGCAGGACUAUGUUCUUAUGGGCAUCUAUGCCCCUUUUGACGCAAUCCAUUAUCUAAUUAACCUUGGCAGCAGUUGCCUGACAUUGGUUUUUACUGCUUAGUUUGCUGUUCACUAAAAUUCCUAGGUCCAGUG